AUGGAUAGUAACUACCUACCAAAGUAUGGAGUUUGGUACACAUCCAUACUUUUCUUGGGUCAAAAAAGAAAUCAUUCACCCUUUGACAAUGUUUCCAAUUUGGUCACCACGACGCGGUAUUCCAUCUCUCUCCCUCUCGCUUACGGGAACUGUCUUUUUCUCAUGGCCUUGAGCACCCAAAGAGCCUCUACAUCUCGUACUUCAGCUGAAUGGGCUCCUCCCCAUUGGAAGCAUGAUGUCUUUUUGAGUUUCAGGGGUGAAGACACUCGCAGUGGUUUUCUAUCCCAUUUAUACCAUGAACUGCAGUACUGGCAAGCAAUUAAAACUUUCAAGGACGACCGAGACCUUGAAAUAGGAGCAACUAUUUCUCCGGAGUUAUUGACCGCAGUCAAAGAAUCGCAUCUCGCCAUCAUUAUUCUCUCCCCAAAUUACGCUUCUUCCGCCUGGUGCUUGGAUGAACUUUCCAAGAUUCUUGAAUGCAUGCAAGACACCAAGAGAAUUCUGCCAAUCUUUUAUCACGUGGAUCCUUCCGAUGUACGAAAUCAAAGGGGGAUUUUUGCGGAAGCCUUCACUAAGCAUGAAGAAAAGUUUAGGGUGGUGAAUUGGUGGAGAGCUCCUUUAAGAAAAGUAGCCAAUCUCUUCGGGUGGGAUUCAAAGCAUGAAGAGUUUAGUGGAGAUGUAGAGAUGGUGAAUCGGUGGAGAGCUGCUUUAACAAAAAUAGCCAAUAUCUCUGGGUGGGAUUCAAAGAAUUAUCCGUCGGAAGCAGAGCUUAUUAAACACAUUGUCAAAUGUGUGUUUAGGAAAGUGCAUCCAACGUUCAUGCUGUCAGGUUCUCUAGACAAGUUAGUCGGAAUUGAUUCUGCACUUGAGCAACUACAUUUGCAAUUAGCUCCCAAAGAUAAUGAUGUUCGCUUUAUAGGGAUAUGGGGGAUGGGCGGGCCGGAACCCUUUUCAUUCAGAAACCGUUUAUGGAAUAAAAAGGUUCUUCUCGUGCUUGAUGAUGUGGGUCAACUAAACCAAUUAGAAAAACUGGUUGGAAAUAAAAAAUGGUUCGGUGUGGGGAGUAGAAUUAUCAUCACAACUAGGGAUGAGCGUCUACUGGUUGAGCAUGGUAUAGAGAAACUGUAUAAGGUCGUUGUAUUAAAGGAUGAUAAAGCUCUUGAGCUCUUUUGUCGACAUGCCUUUAAGAAAGAUCAGCCUAAGGAAGGUUUUCAGGAACUGUCUCGGCAUUUCCUAGAUUAUGCCAAAGGCCUUCCAUUAGCUCUUAAAACUUUGGGGCGUGCUUUGUAUGGGAGAGAUCAUGAUGCGUGGAAGAGUGUGUUGCAUAAUCUAAACAAAAUUCCUGAUCCAGAUAUUUUUGAUUCACUCAAAGUAAGUUAUGAUGGACUAAAACAGAUGGAGAAGAAAAUUUUUCUACAUGUUGCGUGUCUCCAUAGAGGGAAGAAUAAAGAGCAAAAAUGCCACUUUCGUAGCAACAUUGUUGAGAUGCAUGAUUUGAUACAAGAAAUGGCAUGGAAAAUUGUUCGUGAAGAGUCUCCCGAGCCUAGUAAACGCAGUCUUUUGUGGCAUCACAGUGACAUUUCUCAUGUAUUCAUGAACAAUACGGGAACAGGAGCAAUUGAAGGCAUGGUCCUAGCUCUGCCCAAAUUAGAAGAAGUGCCCUGGAAUUGUACUGAAGCCUUCAAUGAGAUGCACGGGUUAAGGCUCCUUCACUUUGAUAAUGUGAUGUUUUCUUCAGGCCCUAAAUUUCUUCCAAAUUCCUUAAGAAUUAUCCGUUGGAGUCGGUAUCCUUCCAAAUCGCUCCCAUCAAGUUUUGAACCACAUUUGCUUUCUAAACUAAAAAUGAGGGAAAGCAAACUUGUCCGGCUUUGGGAUGGAGCAAAGGAUUUUCCGAAUUUGAAAUAUAUGGAUCUUAGUAACUCUGAUAAAUUGACCAGUAUCCCAGAUUUCACACGCAUUCCAAAUCUUGAGAAAUUGAAUCUUGGCGGCUGUAAGAAAUUAGGCGAGGUUCACCUGUCUAUUGCAGUUCACAAAAAGCUAAAGGUUUUAAGUUUUUAUCAAUGUAAAAGUAUACAGAGUCUCCCAAGUGAGUUGGAAAUGGAUUCUCUUGAAUUCUUUAGUCUUUCGGGCUGCUCAAAAGUGAAAAAGAUUCCAGAAUUUGGGGAACAUAUGCAGAAUUUGAAAACGAUUGUUCUAUGUGAGACUGCUAUCAAGCAAAUACCUUCAUCAAUUGGACGUCUGGUUGGCCUUGUUUGUCUAGAUAUACAUGAUUGCAAAAGUCUCUUGGGUCUACCGAGUGCGAUAUGCAAUUUGAAGUCUCUUAAAAGCCUUUAUGGCUACGGAUGCUCGAAAGUUGGCAUGAAAAAUCUCAAAACUCUAUCCCUUAGUGGAUCAGUUGCUUCAAGGGAUGGCAUUGGGUGGGGCGUUGACCGCAUAUUUGGAAUUAGAAAGAAUCCUGACCCUGAGCGUUGGGGUUUGGUGUUGCCCUCUCUAAAUCGUUUAGGGUCUUUGACAAAAUUAGAUCUGAGUGAUUGUAAUAUUGGUGAAGGAGCCAUUCCAGAUGAUAUCGGCUGCUUGUCUUCUUUAAAAGAGUUGGGCCUUAGGGGAAACAAUUUCGUUAGCCUUCCCUCAAGCAUUAGAUUCCUUUCUGAGCUUUGGAUUCUUCGAUUGCAGAGGUGCGAAAGGCUUGGGCAAUUGCCAGAUCUUCCGCCAAAGAGAUCCCCAUUAUUUGUACAUGUAGACGACUGUACUUCCUUAAAAAGGCUGUCAGAUCCAUCAAAGUUGAGCGAAGGAGCCAAUGUGUAUGGUUUUAUGUUUACUUGUUUUAAUUGCUUCAGAUUGGUUGAAGAAGAAGGCUGGAUUAAUAGAAUAUUUGCAAUGAUAAUGGGAUUGGCCGCUGAGGUAAGGUAUCAUGAUGACCGUAUUGUAUGGCCUGUAAGUGAAAUUCCAGAUUGGUUCGAUAAUCUAAGUGUGGGAGAUUCAAUAAUUGUGGAGCUGCCUCCACAAACAUGUAAUUCUGCACAUCCAGACUACAAUAUUUUCCAAAUUCGCUUUUCAUGGAAACCGUAUGAUGAUACUUUUAUAGUCGGGGAUCUUAGGUCACAACACCUUUUCGUUUUCUAUUUGCCUCGCAAUGGUCCCUAUCUCAGGGAUGCCUCAAGCAGUCAUCAGUUAUCAUUUGAAGGGCAGUAUUGGUCAAAAGAAUCUGGGAAAAAAGAACUGAAAACAAGCUCGAUUAUAAAGAAAUGUGGAGCCCGUUUGGUGUACAAGAGAGAUUUGGAAGAACUCAGCCGAAUACUGAAAAUCUCGAAGCCAGCAGUAUAUGGAUACGAUGACGAGGCAGGCCCAAUUAAUAGUGGAAGUGGUAGCUCUGAUGAGGAAAACUAG